GCCCGCUGGGGCUCGAAGUUCCGGGAGGGUUGGGCCAGAGGAGGCGGUCCUGGUGGGGAGUGCGUAGCUGGGUGGAGUCGCUGUCCGGUCGCGCUUCACUUCUGCUCCGCCCUCCCUGCUCCCCAUAACAGACCCCUCCCUCCACUAAGGCUUCCAAACGUCGCCCCAAGCCUCCCAAUUUCUCGCAGCCCUUCACGCUCUUCUCUUGGCCCUAGCAGGAGUGGUCACCAGCAGUCCCUGUCCCUUGGCACCAGGAGUCCCUGUAGCCUGGCUAAGUAAGGAAAGGGAGUUGCAUCUCCAAAUAAGGAAGAUCCAGUUGUGGCCACCCAAUUCCUCCUCUUCGAAAGACACUUUCUGCCCAUCACCUGCUUUCUGUGCCAGGACCAUCUUUACUUUCUCCACAAAAGCCCAUCCUCUAUUCCUAUUUCCGAAGCUCCUGCUCAUGGAGAGUUCGAAUUGCUCUGGCCUUGAAAGGCAUCGACUACGAGACGGUGCCCAUCAAUCUCAUAAAGGAUGGGGGCCAACAGGGGUCCUGGGCCCUCUCCCUGCCUCACUGCUCCCCUCUGGACAGCUGGCCAUCAUUGAGUAUCUAGAGGAGACGCGUCCCACUCCGCGACUUCUGCCUCAGGACCCAAAGAAGAGGGCCAGCGUGCGUAUGAUUUCUGACCUCAUCGCUGGUGGCAUCCAGCCCCUGCAGAACCUGUCCAUCCUGAAGCAAGUGGGAGAGGAGAUCCAGCUGACCUGGGCCCAGAACGCCAUCACUUCUGGCUUUAACGCCCUGGAGCAGAUCCUACAGAGCACAGCGGGCAUAUACUGUGUAGGAGACGAGGUGACCAUGGCUGAUCUGUGCUUGGUGCCUCAGGUGGCAAAUGCUGAAAGAUUCAAGGUGGAUCUCACCCUCUACCCUACCAUCAGCUCCAUCAGCAAGAGGCUGCUGGUCUUGGAGGCCUUCCAGGUGUCUCACCCCUGCCGGCAGCCAGAUACACCCACUGAGCUGAGGGCCUAGCUCCCAAAUCCUGCCCCGUUGGCACAGGGCCACAGGAGCAGAAGCUGGGUGGGCUGAAGAGGCCUGGAAACGAGAGUCUUGAGGAGAUGGGAGACUCAAACUCUAGCCCUGGAUCUGCCUUCCUGCUGAAACCUGUUCCACCUCAGUCCCCUCAUCUGUCACACGCAUGUGGGGUGGCGUAGGGAGAUGCGGGGAGCAGGGUGGGCAGGAAUACUGUUAUCUAUGUGACGGGGCAGUCGUGAGGCUGAGAUGAGAAUGUGGAUUAAAAUGCCUGGCGUGCUCACCGUAACACCACGGGGAAGGCUGUGUGCCUUUUCUCAUCCGCUUUUGUUGUGUGUGACUCCAAAGAAUGCCCGCACUGAAAUUUGGCAUGAAUUAAACUGAAGCCCAGCCUCUA